AUGGACCAGUGCAGGAGGGGGCAGAGGAAAGCCCCGGCCGGGACCCCCGGCAUCCACGAGGCCCGGGUCCCAGGGAGCCAAGACCGGCAGGCGCCGGCCCCCUCGGGGCUCCGGACGCCCAGGGCGGAUGAGCUCCCGGCAGCAGAUCAGACGUCGGCCGCUUCCCUCGGCUGGUCGGAGGUGGCGUCCGUCAGCUCUCCUCCUGCCGAGCCCGACCUUCCGUACGGCGGGCCGAGGGACGAGUGGGAUCCGCUGCCUCCGUCCGCCAAGCUCAGCCCGUCCAGAGCGCCCGAGGAGCUUUCCGCCCUGGGCGUGAAGGAGGAGCCCCACCCGGAGGCGGGCGGCCCCGCGGCGCCGGCCGGCCUCUUCCGGGCCCGGGUCCCCGGGUACCUGCCGCUCUCCGCCGAGGACGAGGAGGAAGCGGAGCGGACUGCGCGGCUGGACGGGUGGACGCUGGGCCUCCACGGGGCGAGCCGCGGCAGCGUGAACCUGAGCCUGCUGGAGCAGGCCAUCGCCCUGCAGAGCGAGCAGAGGCAGGUCCUCCACCACGCCUACCGCCACAUGGACCGCUUCCUGCUGGAGCAGAUGACCGGCGAGCGCAGGCACCACCGCAUGAUGGAGCUCAGUUACCCCGGAGGCAAAGAUUCCACACGGACGGAUAAAAAGGACAUCAAGUGUCCAACACCGGGCUGUGACGGCACCGGUCACGUCACCGGUCUGUACCCUCACCACCGCAGCCUGUCCGGCUGCCCACACAAAGUCCGAGUCCCCCCAGAGAUCCUCGCCAUGCAUGAGAACGUCCUGAAGUGUCCCACACCGGGGUGCACUGGUAGAGGACAUGUCAACAGCAACCGUAGCACCCACCGCAGCCUCUCCGGCUGCCCCAUCGCCGCCGCCGUCAAAGUGUCCAAACCUCAGGACGAAGGCGUGAAGUGCCGACAGACAGCUGAGCGCUCAUCAAGAGCGUUUGGCUUCAUGAAGCGGCUGGAGGUGGACCAUGUGGACUACCAGCUCUCUCACCCUGUAGCAGCACUUCAGAACUCUCUCACCAAAGAUCUGGACAAGUUCACCCGCCUCCGCUUCGACUACGCCAGCUUCGACGCUCAAGUCUUCGGCAAACAGCCCCUGAUGGGGGGCUGCCAGGACCUGGAGGCGCUGCACCUCCCCGACUCCCCUCAGAAGUAUCCUGGUUUUGUGGGGCCAGCAGCGGUCCGUCUCUCCUCCUCUGGUCAGUUCAAGAAGGACGAAGGACUCCAGGCGGCGGCGGCCACGGCCGCCAUCCUCAACCUGUCCACUCGCUACCGGAAGAAUGUGGAGGUGGGGGGCAGCCGGCCUCUGGCGUCAUCCACAAAGGACAUGCUCAUCGAGGUGGAUGAAAACGGCACUCUGGACCUAAGCAUGAAGAAGAGCAAAGAAAACUUCAACGUGUCCACCAGGACUCUUCAGGACGAACCACUGUCCCCUCCAGAGUCCACUGCACCCAAAGGGGGCGCCGUCCUGAUAAGCCCUGCCUUCUACCAGCCGCUGUGCGAGCGGGAGAGCUGGAACGGUCACAUCGCCAUCAACUUCAGCAAAGCCCAUGCCGUGGAGGAACCAGAGGAGGACUUGGACCAGCUGUCUCUGGAAGAGCAGCAGUUCCAGGAUGGAAACCUGAUGAGCCAGAAAAAUAAACUUCUGAGGGAUGCCAAGAAGGAGCUGCUCAGCUGUCCCACUCCGGGCUGUGACGGCAGCGGCCACGUCACGGGGAACUACGCAUCACAUCGCAGUGUGUCCGGAUGUCCUCUGGCUGAUAAAACUCUCAAAUCGCUGAUGGCAGCCAACUCUCAGGAACUGAAAUGUCCAACACCUGGAUGUGAUGGAUCUGGACAUGUGACUGGGAACUAUGCUUCACACAGGAGCCUGUCGGGAUGCCCUCGAGCCAGGAAAGGAGGCUUGAAGCUCACACCAAACAAGGAAGACCGAGACGAGCCGGAGCUGAAGUGUCCGGUGAUGGGUUGCGACGGGCAGGGCCACAUCUCGGGGAAGUACACAUCGCACCGCAGCGCCGCCAGCUGUCCGCUCGCCGCCAAACGCCAGAAGGAGUCGUGCGUAAACGGGCUGCCGUUCGCCUGGAAGAGCAACAAACAGGAGCUGCCGCACUGUCCGCUGCCCGGCUGCAACGGCCUCGGACACGCCAACAACGUGUUCGCCACGCACAGAAGCUUGUCGGGCUGCCCGCUGAACGCUCAGAGCAUCAAGAAGAAGCACUCGGAUGAGGAGAUGACCAUCAAACUGAAAACCAGCAGCAGUGUUGAAAACAAAGAGGACGUGCACCAUUUGGAUCAUGAAAUCAAAGAGCUGAAUGAAUCCAACAUGAAAAUAGAAGCAGAUAUGAUGCAGCUCCAAACGCAGAUCUCGUCGAUGGAGUGUAACCUGAAGACGAUGGAGGAGGAGAACCAGCUGAUGGAGCAGCACAACGACGGCCUGCUGAAGGAGCUGGCUCGCCUGAGUCAGGCUCUGAUCAGCAGCCUGACGGACAUCCAGCUGCCCCAGAUGGGACCCAUCAGCGAGCAGAACUUUGAAGCCUACGUCAACACACUGACUGACAUGUACAACAACUCGGAGCACGAGUACUCCCCAGAGUGCAAGGCCCUGCUGGAUAACAUCAAACAGGCUAUCAAAGGCAUCCAUGUUUAAGCUGACCAGCCACUGAG